AUGGAUUCGGGGUCAGGUAGAAGCUGGGAUGGAGACUCAGAGACCACCUUCCAGCUGUGGCUGCAGCUGCUUCUCUGGGGCCAUGUGACUGUCCGUUUCCUGGGCUACCUGCGCCGCACCCUCUGGGCACCUAAGCCGCAGCCAGCACCCUGA